GAUGCGUCACUGGAUUAGUGCUUUAGAAUCUGUCCCAGCCUCUUCCUCCUGAGCCUGCUGAGACGCCUCCAGAAGGACACAACACUCGUCGCUUGCUUUCCCUCCACCAAGCCUUCCACAUGAGCCAGCCAAGCCUUACCUCCGCACCAGGAUGAAGAAAGACAAGAAAACGCAUGCUUUACUGUUUCUCCUGCUGCUUCACUACAGCUCGGGGCAAUCAGACUAUGCUCCAUAUUUUUAUGACAAUGGUCCCAGCAGCACAAGUGGGAAUAUGGCCUUGUUCAGCAUCUCUGAGGAUACACCUGUUGGAACACAGGUGUACAUCCUGAAUGGCACAGAUCCAGAAGGAGAUCCAGUGCGAUAUGGUCUCACUUUUGAAAAAGGCACCACAGAAUUUUUCAGGGUGGAAACAAAAUCAGGAAACGUGACUCUAAUUCAGGAGCUCAACAGGGAGAAACAAGAUGAAAUCUCAGUACUUGUGAGCAUAACAGACGGCCGCAAUAAAGUAGUUGAGACAGUGAGAGUGUUUGUGACAGACGCUAACGAUGAGCCACCUGAAUUUCAAAACCUUCCUUUCAUUAUUGACAUACCAGAGGACACUGCUCCAGGAAGCAGCAUCUACAGAGUUCAUGCUGUGGAUAAAGAUCUGGGCUCAGGCGGUAGUGUUUCAUAUUUCCUACAGAGUUCCCCAUUUGCCAAGUUCACCAUUGAUGGUCAUAGCGGGAUCCUCCGAGUGAAACCUGGUGAGACUUUGGACUAUGAAACCACGGCGACACAUUUUGUGACAGUAACUGCAAAGGAUGGAGGUGGAAAAUACAAGGGGAAACACCAAGUGUUGACCUCCACAGCCACUGUAACAAUCAACGUUCUUGAUGCCCAAGACAUGCCUCCAUCCUUUAUAGGAACCCCAUACUUUGGCUAUAUCUACGAAGUCUCAGUCCCUGGUUCUGAAAUAUACACAGUGUAUGCCAAAGAUGGAGAUCAAGGAAAUCCCAACCCUAUACAUUAUUCUAUUAUUAAUGGUAGUGAUGGUGUUUUUGACAUAAAUAGCACCAGUGGAUGCAUCACCCUGUCAGCCCAUCCAUCUCUCCUGAAAAAUGAACUUUAUGAAAUCAAAGUUAAGGCAUCGGAAGUCGGGCCAAACAACCAGCUGCUGGACUAUGACGUUACCACGGUGACAGUCCGGGUUGUGGAUCUCAACAACCAUCCUCCGACCUUUUAUGGAGAAAAUGGACCACAGAGCAAGUUUGAGGUCACAAUGUAUGAGCAUCCACCUGCAGGGGAGAUCCUUCGAGGCUUUAAGAUCACAGUCAAUGACUCGGAUCAGGGAGCAAAUGCUAAAUUUAAAUUGAGACUAGUGGGACAGAACCGAGUCCUACGAGUGGUUCCCCAGACCGUCCUGAAUGAAGCCCAGGUGACCAUCAUUGUGGAGGACACGUCUGGCAUUGACUAUGAAAAGGGACCAACCCUUUCUUUUAAGCUCUUGGCAGUGGAGAUAGACACUCCUGAGCGUUUUAGUGCAACGGCUGACAUAGUGAUCAACCUGCUGGACACGAAUGACAACAUCCCUGUAUUCAGGUCCGAAUACUACAUUGCCAGAGUGCCUGAAAACUCUCCUGGAGGCUCCAGUGUUGUGUCUGUAACUGCACAUGAUCCAGACUCAGGGCUUUGGGGUGAAGUCAAAUACACGAUUUAUGGAUCAGGAUCCGAUUUGUUUACCAUCAACCCAUCAUCAGGUCUCAUCUCCACGCAGCCCUGGACCAGCCUGGAUGCAGAGGUCAGGUCAAAAUACAACUUUUACGUAAAGGCAGAAGACUCGGAGGGCAAAUACAGCUUGGCCGAGGUCUUCGUCACUGUCCUGGACAUGAAUGACCACCCUCCUGAGUUUGACGACAGACUUCUGGAGAAGACCAUGAUUAUUGGGACACCUGUCAAAGUUGAGGCAAUGGACUAUGAUGCAGAGUCUCCAAACAACGUCAUCGAGUACUCCAUCAUGACCGCUGAUCCUGACAAUGCUUUUGAUAUCAACGCAAACACCGGGGAGAUCAAGUUAAAACCCUUCAUUAAGUCUAUGGAGAUUGUGCAGAAUAUCACCAAACAGAAGGACUGCAAGUGGUCUCUAGUGGUCCAGGCCAGGGACCGAGGUUCUCCAUCCUUCAGCACAACAGCUGUGGUCAACAUCGAUAUCACAGAGGCGACUCCUCUCAAGGGGCCUAUGGCUGCUUUUUUAAUGAAAAGUAGGGACAAUCCUUUAAAAGCUCUAGGCAUGGUCACUUUUAUCAUUACUGUGUUGGUAGGAGUGACAGUCAUGAUCUCUACAGCUAUGUUCAUGCGCAACUCCAAGUCCAACAGAAUCAUGCCAGCACGCCGCAUCAUAAAGAAGCGGCCCAGGGACCAGCAGCCCUGGACCUUCAAGAUGCCUGUUAUUACGUUCACCAAUCCUGGGGAUAAGUUUCUCAUCAGUGACCCAGAGUGCAGCCCCCAGCAGGAACCUCGACUAAAGCCUCCGCCUCCUAUUGCUCCAUGUCUGCCUCCUCCUCCUCCAGCUAACAUACGGCCUGUUGAAAGGCCCCGGGCAGUCCCAACAAUAUCUGGUACGUUGGCUUCCAAAGGUUCCAAGAAAGCUAAGUCUGGCCGCCGCAAAGAGGGAAACAUGAGCUCUGCUUUAGUGUCUGAGCUGAAAAUGAAGUUGGAGCAGAAAAUCCAUGAGAACAACCAAGGUUAUUAUUAACUGAAACUACCAAAACAUCUAGUUUAAGGUUGUUCGAUUAUUUCUUUGACAGCUCCUCUAAUCUUAACCCAUUUCACCUGCAUUCCAUGUGAUGAUCUGGUAGUUGGCCCUACCUUGUGAUUAUUCAUGAGUAUAACAGGAAGGUUUACAGAUAUUCAUGUCUUAAGAUGUGACUUUAUGGAAAUGGGAUGCACUGCAUCCUCAGAUGACCUAGUUUUGAUAAAGAAAGGAGAGAGCUUAAGUGGAUGGUGCAGUUGCAGAGAUUUCACCACACUGCCAUCUUGAGGAAGAUUACAUCAUCUUAACAGUAAGAAGCACCACUCUAAAUUGUUCAGAGAGGAUUACAAAGACUUACUUUGUAUACAUAAGUUGCAUAACGUCUUGAAAAAUGUAAUGCUCACAACGCUGCAAUGUUUUCCACACAGAACAGGAUUUCAGCGCAAUAAAUCCUAAAAAGAACAAAAGAAAGAGAAGCUGUUCUUGUUCACUGGAGCAUACAGAUGAUUGACGUGUCAUGGAAGAAAAACGGCUUAUUAUGAAGUGCUAAAGGACCUGUGUGUUAAUAUUUUUUAUUGUGUUACAUCAGCUGCUUUAAAGCUGAAAAGUUGCUCCUUUGUAUGAUUACAAUGUGCCACUGUAGUAACACAAGUCUGCUUUUAUUUAUUUGAAUAAAUGUAAAAAAAAUGCUUUUAUAUAAAUGUAUA